AUGGAUGAGGAGAGUGUGGAACGGUCGCAGACGAGGAAUAUUCAGACGUGCCUUUCGAUAGAAAAAGUAUACGAACUGACGCUAGACUUCUUGAGCACAGAUUGCUUCCGGAAAUCAGCGAUCGAGACCUGCGAUGACAUUGAGUACAAGAAGUUGAGACACUGUGCCGUUGACUUCUGGGUCGACCACUUGGAGGAAGGACUGGAAUUGUAUAGGAAUGAGACCAUUAGAUACGGUGCUUAUAGCUAUUUGAUUGAAGCUAAGGGAUGCCUCCAAAAGAGUCUGGAUGAGAUAGAAUCGGCACAUAAAUUGAAGUCAAUUCAAGAUGGUAACAAAUGUAUGGACACAUUAUCUAUGAAUAUUUGGCGCUUCUAUGAGUCCAAUACUCUUCAGUACAAACACUUCCAGACGAGGAUACGACACAAACAGCAAUUGUCUUACUCUGUGGGCAAAUAUCUGGACCUAAAUGGCUAUCGGUUUGACAAGAUCUUCAUCAGCGGGUCGACAGCCAACGGAUUGGCCACAAUUGACAGCGACAUCGACUUGUGUCUCCUGAUGACCCACUUCUGUAGCUUCGAGUUCAGGAAACACCAGAAGUUGUCGAUAUUGGGCGCCAUCGAGAAGAUAGUGAGACGAGAGCUGGACGUCGAGGACAGCGAAGUGAUCGACGCCAGGGUUCCGAUCCUCAGAUACAUCGACCCCAAGACCGACAUCCGGGUCGAGAUGAACGUCAAUAAUGAGAUCGGAAUCAGAAAUACAAGACUUCUUUACUGUUACUCUAAACUCGAUUGGAGGGUCGUUCCCAUCUGCAUAGCCAUCAAGCGUUGGGCGAAACACUAUCAGAUAAUCGACUCUUUUAGCGGUUCCCUCUCCAGCUAUUGUGUCCAACUAAUGGUCAUAUUUUAUCUGCAAAACACUGGACCACCGGUACUGCCAUGUCUUCAGCAGACGGACAAACACUUAUUCGAUGACAACGCGGACAUCAAUGACUACAAAGAACUGCCAGAUUUGGAUCAAUUGACGCCUUUUAAGACCCAUAACGAGAAGAGUUUGUCUCAACUGUUUGUCGAUUUCUUCCGGUUUUAUGUGUCUGUCUUUGACUUUGAGAAACACGUGGCGUCCGUACGAGUGGCCAAAACUCUGGACAAACAGGACUACACGAACUCAAUGUAUGCCAAUCAAUGGGAAUACAUUUGCGUUGAGGAACCGUUCAGUGGUGACAACACCGCCAGAACCCUAUAUGACGGCUCUGCCUAUGAUCUGGUUUUGACUAAAUUCAAGAAAAUAUAUGUGUUUCUCAUUUUAGACAACAGUCCCAAAGUGUCUCUUAUAGUGAAAGCUUACGGCUUUAACCAUAUCGUCAGUUACGGUGACAGACUUGUGUUUCCAUUAAUCCAAAUGAGAAAUUUAAGUCUAGUGUUGGUUAUUGAGUGCUUUUUGGUGUGUUUUCUGGUGUUGGAUAUCGACGAUGUGUUGGGACAGUCGGCUCCGGGCUUUGACAUGGCGUCAGUGUUGAGACAAAUGAUACCUCACGUGCCCGGAAAGAUCAUCGGUUUAAUACAAUUGAGUCUUUUGUCGCGAUUAUUGAGGAAUCGGAACCGCAAUCGCAUUACAGAUGCCGGCGCUAAUGGUAUAGACGACGACCGGGACGGACAGGUCGAUGAGAGCGACGAAAUGGGUAUGGAUAUCGGCAACAAGAAGAAUGUUAUGAAAUCGGAGAAGAAAAAGACUGAAAAGAAAAAGUCAGGAAAAAAGUCACAGAAGAAGACCGCAACUCCCAGUAGUUAUGAUGUCGGCGCUGAUGGUUAUGAUGAUGGCGAGGAAGGCCUUCCUUACCAGCCAAUGAUGGUUUACGCCAACACUAAUGCAAAGCCAACGCAAACCCGAUUCCCAUGGCUUCGGAAGAUCCUUCCAAUGAGUUCAGGAAAUGGAGACUCAGUUAAUGAGAAGAUUGUCUCCACUGAUAUCGACAGUGGUUUCGGUAAAGACUCGGAUCACAUAAUGGCGUCGCCCAACGGCUUCCCUAUCGGGGGCUCAAAGUUGAACGGAUUUAGCAGCAGAAGUGAUACCGAAGAGACAGAACACGAAGACCUCUCACUCGACGAUCUCUUAACUUAUGAACCGUCAGAGUCUGAGAUCAAUGAGCUCUUAGAACAUCCGGAAGUCUUGGAAUUAUUGACUCAAUUGAAUGAAACUCUUAAACAGGAAGAGGCCAUCAAAAGGCGAAAGAGAUCAGUGAAGGACCUGAAAGUGGAUAACAGUUUGAGUGCCGAUAAAUCACAGCAAAGCGAUCAUUUCAUUCCGAGCGCACCGGUCGCUGAUCUCAAUCCCUAUGAAAUGCAAAAAGAGUCGGAAUUAGAACCAGAGCCACAAGAAUCGGCCAAUUCUUACAAAUCUCGCAGUUAUUAUAAUUACUACAAACCUUUGUCCUCUAAAUCAAAGGCAAGUUUAAUGUCUCCGACUGUCAAUCAAAUGGCGGUGACUGACGAUAAUCAGUACAACUCAGGCACGAGCGGUGACUAUAACAGUAACACCGGCGCCGGUAUGGGCGACACAUAUUCUAUGGGCGACAUGACUGACAUGAGUGGUAUGUAUGGCGGAGGAGGAAUGGGCACUAGUUUGCCAGUCAUGGACCUGAGCUACUGGACUAAAGUGAUGAACAAACAGACCUACAGCGCCGGAAACAACUAUAAUAAACCCACAAACUCGUACUCAAACACAAACACUUACGCAACGACUACAGCACCGGAUGAUGACGAGGACGACGAGGAGGAUGAAGAGGAUGAGCCCAAGAAACAGCACACGACUGUCCAAAUCAUAAAUGCUGGCAAAAGUGCGGCCAAUAUGGGCAUCAGUACCGGUGGCGGGAGCGACGGGUGCUGUGAUGACGGCAGUCGCCGGGGUGUGAGGUCAUGGAUGCGAAAUUUGCCCGUGAACUGUCAGAGCGUGGAUGCCAUCAAACUUCAAGAAACAACUAUUCCUCAACUCUUACAAUCUGGCGGUGACUUAACACCGGCGGCGACCGGUAUGUCCAGCAUUGACGCCGUCCGCGGGUUCAUAGUCCGCAACCAGAACUGGAUGGUGCCGUUGAUAGCGUCGGCGCCCGCAAAGUUGGCUACUUUUAUGACUGUCAGGGCUUUGAGGCAACAGAAUGUGGCGGCCGAUCAGCAACAGCAACAGCAACUUGGUGACGCCGAAGAUGAUGAUGACGACGACUCCAAGUACUAUACAUAUCAGGAAAUAGACGAGGGAAAGGAGUUUGGAAAUUUCAAUAAAGGGUCGGCUAAUAGUCGAGUACUCGAGCGCCUAUUGCCUAACAGACAACGGGGCAGUCGAGAGAAAAUAGAUAUGGAAACCUCUGUUGCCAACAAAGACAUGGGGGCCUCCGAUAGAGCCGAUGGACAACUGAAAGGCGUCCGAAGAUUAUUGGGAAAGGGAGGCAAAAGGAGUUUUCCCCUUCGGGUGACUCUACCGAUCAAUUCGGCUCCACUUCACGGGAGGGUUAAUAUAGAGGAAGAGCCCAACAAUCUCACGGUUACCAUAAGACCACUCCAUGUGAACGACACGGGUUGGUACAACUGCGAGGCCUUUGACACGACAGCCCCCAUACAUAAGUCAAUAUACGUGACCAUUCAGGCCGAACACAUCGGCGACUGUCCAACCAAUACAUUCUUCUCGUGUGGGAAUCGACUCUGUAUUCCCAAGAGAUAUGUUUGCGACGGCUUUACCGACUGUCCUAAUGAUAGGGAUGAGAGUCCUGACCUCUGCGGAGUGAAUCCGUGCGAUAACAAGAUCUCCUGCGAAGACGGCCGAUGUAUAGCCAAACAGUUAUGUUGUUUAAGACAAUUAGACGCUAACUGUCCCAUCAAUAAUCUGGUGCCUUGUUGUGCCGACUACUUGGAACAGUUGGUCCGAAUCGACACAAUUGUUAACAUAAAACUUUCGACAAAACCCUCUGAAAGCGUUUUCUUAAGUUCUAAAUAG